AUGAAUCAUAAGGAAUUCAUGAAAGAAGCCUUAAAUAUGGCUGAAUUGGCUUUAAAGAAUAAUGAAACUCCAAUUGGCUGUGUUUUUGUUUAUAAAAAUAAGAUCAUUGCUAAAGAAAUGAAUAAUACAAAUGAAAGUUUAAAUGUAUUAGAAAAUGCGUUCGAGUUUAUUCUUUUUAAUGCUUUAAAGGGGACUUUUCAUUGUGAAAUGGUUGCUAUUAAUAAAAUUUUAGAAAAUUAUCCAAGUAAAAUUUUUGAAGAAGUGAAUCUUUAUGUUACAGUAGAACCGUGCAUUAUGUGUGCAUCAGCAUUGAGGCAAUUACAUAUUAAAUCAGUUCAUUUUGGGUGUGCAAAUGAAAGAUUUGGAGGUACUGGUAGUAUUUUUAGAUUACAUGAUGAUGAGGGAAUAGAUCCUAUUUAUCCAGUUUUUCUAGGGUAUUAUAGAGAAGAUGCAAUAUUACUUCUAAGAAGAUUUUAUUUACAAGAAAAUAAAAAAGGUGAAUUUUAUUUUUGAGUUUUAUUUCAUCUUAUCUUUAGCACC